AUGUUUGUGAUGGCGAUGUUUGAUGCACUUCUGAUACAGUUGCAGAUGUGUUUAGGAUAUAAAUACGGGGUUUGGAUGGAUGGAGAGAUGUUGUUCAUGCUGCUGUGUAUGAGUGUUUUUGCUGAGAAAUGCUUAGCGGCAGUCUGCGACGCAAACAGCAAGCAUGCUUUCAGCAUCAACGAUGAUGGAGUGAUGCUGCUGAAUGUGAUGCACAGGAAUCAUCCGCUUACAAUUCUUGGAACACAUCAUGAGGAUGGCCGGAAGCAUCUUGUGGCAAUGCUUACGGAGAUAUCUGAUUCUACGAUAGAAAACCAGGUGUUCAACCUGGCAUAUCAGGCUACAUCAAGAAGCAUAUGGCUCAGACUAAAGAAGGACCCAUGCAUUAAGGUUGCAAAGUCAUAUUCGUCUCUAGAAGGAGUGAGGCAAGACGAUACAUCAUCCUUGCUAUACAUACAGAAUGUAUCGAACGAUCACGAGCAGUUCCAAAUCUUGUCCGAUGGUUUGUGCCUUACUGUGGACAAGCCGAAUUAUUAUGAUGACACCAACGGAAGGAUGCUUUCAUUUGGUCCGUGUGAUGCUAACAACAAGGAUCAGAUAUUCACAAUCAUAUCUUCAUUGAAAGGCUCUGUUUACUUGCAUCCAGAGAUGGAGAAGGACGGAGAUGUGAUUGAAAGGAUAAUCAACAGAGAAAACAUGACAAAAAGAAUAGUGAAGUCUGUUGAAAUAAGCAUGCCAAAGAACCGGUAUUAA